AUGGAGGAAUCCUCGAAGUUGAAGAGCAACAAACCGGCAGCAUUUAAGUCUGCCGUACCCCGAAACGAUCUUAUCCCGCCAAAUUCAAAUUUGAAAUUCUCACCAGCAGAUAUGAGCGCUCGGAUCACACAUCAGUUACCAGGACGACCAAUUCCCAUCGCGCCUCGCGCAAUGACGGCGUCAGCAUUGUCCCAUGUUCAAGUUGGCACUGAUGUCCUCGAUUUUAGGCUGUUUCCCGAGCAUCCUGUUCUCAUCACAGAUCAUCUUCGACGAGUCGGGGGUCUUCUACGGGGCGUUGAGGGCAGCGAAGAUGCAGGAUCCCCUCCGUGGCCGCAGUUUAUCCUCAACGAAGCCUUGAAAGUUGUCAACGCGACAUGCCCACUGGUCCUCCGGAAACAGGUGCUGAGGCCAAUCCAGGGUACUUCUGCAACAUGCCGUUCGUUAGCCUCUCGCAUCCCAGCCAGAUACUUUCCAGCGUCUGGGACCGUAGUGGACCGCUUCUUCACUGGCCUGAUCGGCUUCUUGGAAGAUCAAUACAGUUUUCCUGGCAGACAUGCGAUGGACAUUCCCUACCAACAGGGACCUUUGCCUACGACUUUCCCUCAAACAAGCAAUGCGGGUCGAAAACAAGUCGAAGACCAUCGUUCCAACAGUCACUCAAAGCGGAGAAAGCCUCAUUCAGCACCGAAGAUCUUGCCCAACAUGUCUGUACCUACCUCCGACCGAACCAAGCAAGAAGUCACCACAAGCGAAUACUCUCCUGAGGCACACUCAGAGGAUAAAAGAGAUAGGAAUAUGGAAACGGCAUCAGGCACCAUUCAGACAUCUUGCUCGAGAAAGCGGAAGAGCCUGGAUCAGGAGACUCUAACUAAAGAUGGCAAGGAGGAUAGGGCAAGCACGGGUGACCCUACACCGAUCAUCAAGGGGAAGAAGAAGAGGAAGAAGAAGAAAGCUACGAGAACAUGCAUCGAGCCAACUGUGCCGUCAGCCCCUUCGCCGGUGCCCGAGCCCAAGGUGAUAAAAUUGGAGGACUCAUCCAACGAGGCAUCCGACGAGGAAUCUGACGCGGAAUCCGACAUCAACCCCCCUUCACGCCCGAAGCGAAAUGUAUACGAGUACAUGUACCACAAAGCUCAAGAGGACAUCCGCUUCUUCGAGAGAUUUCUUCAGCAGGGGGCGGGCAUCUCCAAGGCAGAUAUCGACGCGAGUAAGAUCCGAGUGGCGAUGGGACAGUCUCACAAGAAGGCAUUCGACCAGGUUUUCAAGCCUUCGGAAAAGAAGUUGGCGAGGCGUCCGAGGACUCCCGAACAAGACUGA